UUAAAAGUUGAUUAUCAUGGAUCCGGAUACACGAUCAGAACAGCUGAAAGAAUGCUUUCAAACGAUUGAUAAUCUUUUCAAAAGUUUUUCGGGAAUAAGCGAAAAACUAGACAUAACAGUUAAGGAAGUUAAAUCCAUUGUUAACACGAUCUAUGACCACGUGAAAGAUUUGCUUCAACUUUCAAAGAAAUCUUCCUCCAUCGCCUGCGUGGCGCCAAGUAGCUUGAAUGAGAGGAAAUUCCUUGGUGAGGGCCAUUUUGGAAUGGUCUUUGAGUGUAAAUUGAAUGGAUCAAGGGUGGCUGUCAAAACACUUAAAGAACAAGCUAAGACUAAAUUCCGUGAAUCUGACCUGCUCCGUUAUCUAACUCAUGACAACAUUGUGGCUUACCGUGGCAUGGGUUAUAUGACUGAGAAUGAAAUGAGAGAGUUGUUGCCGGACCUACAUGGAAAUGUGUUAGAUGGGGACCAACACAUGUUCCUGGUGAUGGAGUUCAUGUCCAAGAACUUGUUCCAGUACAUUAAGGAUCUGGAAACACAUGAGAGACAUGGUCUAACUGAGAGCCAGACGUGGAGUGUCGGUAAGCAGAUAUCUAGUGCUUUAGCCUACCUCCACUCUCUGGACGUGGUACAUCGGGACCUGAAGCCGGACAACAUCCUCAUAGAGGUGGGGCCUAACCGCAUCUUGGUGAAAGUGGCAGACUUCGGGCUGGCAUGGUACAGCCACAAUGACACAAAGCAAAUGGACUAUGUCAGACCUUCUGGAUCAUCAAGAUUUCGAGGUGGAAGUUCUUACUAUUUAAAUAUUCGAUGGGGAGCCCCAGAGUUUGCCAGAUAUGAGGAGAAAGAAUUCCUCAUUGAGGAUUACCAACGAGGAGACAUGUAUUCAUUUGGAUUGGUGAUGGCUUAUACACUCACUGGAAAGAAAGCUUUGGCCAAUAUAUCCUCUUCACGACUUUCUUCAUCAACACCUGACAGUGAGCCAGACAGUGACCCUGUGGAAUUACCAAAAUCCCUGGAAGGGACUCUACGAACAGUUAUUGAAACAUGUGUGCAACUUGAUCCGGAAGCAAGAAAGAGCGCCAAAGAUCUGUUGACAGAAUAUUUCUCCGUGGAUAAGAAUCCAUACCAGAUUGAUCCUACACAGGUGGAGUUUUUCUCCUGUGGAUUCAUGGAGAAAACUGACAUAUUUGUGGCAGAUUCCUGCAUAGAAGAAGGUGAUGCAAAACAAGGCUACUUUGAAUCUGGUACCAGAAAGAGGCCAACAGGCUAUGACCACAAAGACUUGAUAUGUAAGAUAGAAACCAGAAAUGCCCCAUAUCGAGACAUACCUGACCAAUGGGCACAGGAUGAUGAGUUAGCUCUGUACCAGGACUGUCUUCAAAAAUAUCUAAACAUGGCUAAGAAGAGAGAGAUAGAUAACAAUCCUACAACUGCACUGAAAGGUUUGGUGUUAGCCAGACCUGGAGAGGAUGAAAAGCAAACAAUUGAUCUGCUCUUUGAGGAGUCUGACUAUUGCCAUCAUAGAAGUAUGCGAGAAAUUUGGAUGUCACUCUCUCCCACAGAAAAAAAUACGGAAGUCCCUUACAAAGGGGAUGUCCAUCCAUACUUCAGCAAUUCAUUUGGACUCCAUGUUGCCAUUCUGACCAAUGAGGGUCCAGACAAGCCUCAGAAGUUUGUAUUUCCCCAGAGAGCAAGAAGAAAGGGCAUGUCAAGCCCAGGAAAUUUUACAUGUGGGGCAGUAGAGAGUGUUUCCAAACCAGACUAUAUUAAAAGUGGAGGUGAUACACAUGUCAAUCUACUGAGCACAGCUGUGAGGGGAUUAAUGGAGGAAAUAGGUCUGGAGUUGACUGGGAAAGAUUUAGAUGCCAUUUGCCUGACAACAAUAUACCUUAAGUUUGACUUCCAUGAGUGGGGCAUGUGUGGCUUUGUCGACCUGAAAGAUGAGAGGAUAGCUGAGCAGCAUCGCCUGAGUGCAGAAAAUAUUAAGGCACGCUUCACCAGUGGACCGAAGGACAAGUUUGAACACCAAACUCUGACCUUUGUGGACUUCGAGUUGGAGCCAAUGGUCAAGUUUGUGUCUGAAAAUCAUGAGAACUUUGCAAGUUCAGCCAAACUGGUGGUGGUCAAAGUACUUGAAGCCUUCUUUGGAAGUGAUAAAGUACACCAGAAAUUUAACCAGGAUAUGUAGGUAGUGUAAACAGUCAAAGUAUUGAAGUCUUAGUUUAAGAUAAAUAUUGGGUGAUGGAGUAGGGUCACUCUGGCCUUCAGCUGAGAAAAGUUUUUAGACAGAGAAAUAAAAGACAAAAAAAAGAUGCCACGGCCGAUCAGCAUCAUAUCAUGACAUCAUUUUUCAUAAAUAGCAUCACCGGAACGAACAUUUCUGACCUCCGGGAAAGAUCUGGUUGAUGAUGUUGUAUUCAGUGUCAAAUAACUCCUUUGUGGCAAUUUAGUAGAUUUACAUAUGGAGGACCUACCAAUAUUCUAUCAUAGGCAGUGGAGUGUGUACACCAAGUUCUACAGUUGAGUUUGUACACCAAGUUCUACACUGGAGUUUGUACACCAAGUUCUACACUGGAGUUUGUACACUAAGUUCUACACUGGAGUUUGUACACUACGUUCUACAGUGGAGUGUGUAUACCAAGUUCUAUAGUGGAGUUUGUACACCAAGUUCUACACUGGAGUUUGUACACCAAGUUCUACACUGGAGUUUGUACACCAAGUUCUACACUGGAGUUUGUACACCAGUGGAGUCUGUACACAAAGUUUGACACUGGAGUUUGUACACCAAGUUCUACAGUGUAGUUUGUACACCAAGUUCUACACUGGAGUUUGUACACCAAGUUCUACAGUAGAGUUUGUACACCAAGUUCUACAGUGUAGUUUGUACACCAAGUUCUACAGUGGACAGCAUACAUUUUAUAUCAACCAUACUAGCUUUUUUCUCCUACCUCUUACCAGGUUUUAGGUAAAAGUCAAAGCUGACAUUGAAUGGUCAAUGCAGUAGAGAUCCUAGAUAACCUAUUAUACAAAAACAUAUCUGCCUUAUCAACAUUACUUAACAGGAGAUUGUUUAGUGAUCAUGAAACAAACCUGUAACAAAAAAGUUCUCCACACUUUCUUUGUUAAGGCCAAACAAAUUAUGUAUGUUUCAGGUUCCCUGACCGACCCUAGUUUUUACGGUCCCUAGUAUAUUUUUUUUCUCAUUACACAUGUCUAUUUCAUAGGCAGGUAUCACAUCCCACAUAAUGAUCUAAAGACCAUAAAACAUAAUGAAAAAUAAAUGAUAUUGGCCAGAAUUCCUUAAACUAGCCCCACCCCCCAACCCCUAUUUUUUUUUAUAUAUAUUCCUACGGACCUACCCUUUUUUCAGUCAUGUUACCUGAAAAAACAUACAACAUACCUAUUUCUUAUUUUGACCUAUACAAUUGUAUCUUUCUUAAAACUACAUUAAUUUUGUAUUUAUAUCAACAUAGGUUGUUAGACAUAUUGUAGAUGAAAAAUGAUUUUUUUGUGAUACUUUUGGUAAUGCUCAAAGAUGUGUUGUUUGCCUAAACGUUUACUUCAAUAUUGGAAUAUUUUACAUGUAGAUUUUAAACUUAAUGUUAUAUCUGUUUUUACCACAGGAUUGAAGUUGUGUCAUGUUCUUACUCAGUGAUUUAAAGAUAUUUUUAAUGUGUUUUUAUUUUAUCUUUAUUAAAGAUCAGGCAAUUUUAAUAUUACACCUCAGAGAUUAAUUUUGACAAUAUAUAUAUAUAUAUGGAAGUUUUAAAUUUGUGUUGAUCCUUAUUUGUCCAACCCUUACUAUAUUGAGAAAACUUCCCCUAAAACAGAUCACUGUAAUUUUUUAACAGUACAUUACAGGUAUAUUUCAGUUACACAUUCUCUGUUCUCACUCAUUUUCUUUUAUUGCUUUGCCCCCAUUUUUUUUGCAUUCUCAAAUAUAAAAUAAUAUGAGUUAUUAUUUUUUCAUAUUAUUCCCGACAAGUGAUUGGCCA